GAAAAUAGUAUCAUUUAAUGUUAUACCGUGUGAUAGCGUGGUAAUUAAAAUGUGGCGUUGUGAAGUUUUACUCGUACUUAUGAGUAUUCAAGUCUCUUUGUGUGUUGACAGCCCUAUUAAUGGAAAAAAUUCAACUAAUAGUAGACGAAUCAAUUGCAAAGAUAACAUUAAAACGAUAAAGAGCGAAAGAUAUAAGUGCUUAAGUAAUUAUGCUCUACGUCGUCCAUACAAUAUUCCGGGGUCUGGAAUGGUCUGUAAUGACUCGCGUCUUAUUGAAGAGUAUUUUGAUCAGGAAGUAAUAAAAAACAUAUCACCGUGUUCUAAAAAAACUCCAAUCAGCGUCAUUUUGUUGCGACAACGUGAAAAAAUUCGCAGGUUUAUAGAGUCAUCCAGAGACGUCGAGACGGGUCAAUGUGUAGAUAUACAUGGGGGACAUGCUAUGAGCAGUUGCAAAAAAUCCCUAAGCAACCCGCGUAGCACAAGAUCUAUAAAAACUGACAAAGAUUGCGCGUUAUAUGAGCUUCUGAUUAAGUGUGUCAUAAAAGAUUUGGAUGAUCAUUGCACUAAAUACAAUCAAAGCAUUGUACCUGCUAUUAUUUAUUUGAAUGAAAAUAAUUGCCAGCCUACCAAUCAAGAUCAACCUAAAGUGACAAGUGAUUCAAAAUCUCCCAAAACUUGGAUCAUUAUCGGAGGAAUCGUUGGUGUUUUAUUAGUUAUUAUCUUAGUGACUUGCCUAUUUUUGAAAUAUUUAAAAAAAGUACGAGUACAAGAUCUAUCGUAUAAUGUAAGCUUCUACCCAUCAAAUGAGAAUAAAGAAACAAAAAGUUAA